AUGGAUCAUCCGCGUUCUUCGGUCCUGGUGUCCCUCUGCGCCACUGGUGGUGCCGUGGUGGUCUUAAGCUCUGCAGGCUUAGUGCCAGCGCUGGGCCUGGCGGUGGGGCUGGGCGGUGGAUGGCUCUUGGGACAACGCUUUCGCAAAGACCCGAAGGGCCAAAAGGGCAGUCCGCCUCUGGGCACCUCAGUGGAGGAGGAGGAGGAGUCAGAGACUGAUGAGGAGCAAGAAGAAGCCUUGCAAGAGCUGGGAGAGUACAUGGGUGCAGAAUGCCUUGGGCGAUUUUUGAGCCGCCUGCAAGCGCAAGACCCCAGUCGAGGGCAGCAGGAUGGGCCGGAGGCAGCGAUCAUCCAAGAGGGCUUGCACAAGGCCUUUGAUCAGAUGCCUCGGGAACGCCUGGCGCAGCUGCUGCUCUUCUUCAUGCCACGAGCAGCGGGGCCUCCCAGCGCGGAGGACUUGGGCCAGUUCCAGACCCUUUGUCAGGAGAUCCAGGACUUGAUGCCCGCGGAGGCCCGCGAGUGUAUGGAGAAGACCAACAGCGAUUUCCUUCAGCACGUGCUUCAAACGAUGCCAGGUGCAAACAUGAAACCGCCUCAACCACCACAGCAGAACUGA